CUCAACUUUGUCUCUUCUCUCUCCCGUUUCCCUCCCUUUCGCUCUCUCUCCAGGAACCUGCUCUAUGUAUACCCCCAGCGACUCAACUUUGUCUCUUCUCUCUCCCGCUUCCCUCCCUUUCGCUCUCUCUCCAGGAACCUGCUCUAUGUAUACCCCCAGCGACUCAACUUUGUCUCUUCUCUCUCCCGUUUCCCUCCCUUUCGCUCUCUCUCCAGGAACCUGCUCUAUGUAUACCCCCAGCGACUCAACUUUGUCAACAGGCUGACUUCAGGAGGAAGGAAUAUCACUAUUAAAAUCCAGUUUAUGAGUGGAGAAGACCCCAGCUGUGUGAUGCCUGUCAUUUUUGGGAAAUCGAAUGGUCCUGAGUUUGUGCAGGAAGUAUACACCCCAGUCACGUACCAUAACAAGUCUCCAGACUUCUAUGAGGAGGUGAAGAUGGCUCUGCCUGCCAGGCUGACUGAGAGACACCACCUGCUGUUCACAUUCUACCACAUCAGCUGUCAACAGAAACAGAACCAGACUGGAGCCAGUGAGACACUCAUAGGUUACUCUUGGCUGCCUAUACUGAGUACUGACAGACUACAGACUGGUCAGUACUGCCUCCCUAUCGCCCUGGACAGAUUGCCUGUCAACUACUCACUGCACUCACCUGAGACAUGA